AUGUCGGGAUCAGCAAGCGGCGCCGCCGUGUCUGUCGGGACGAGAGCGUCGCCAGCGGGAGGCGGAGUGGACGUGGUGAUGGGAGGAACUUCGACAGCGACAGCUGCAGAAGCCGUAGCCACAGCGGCAGCCGCAGCCGCAGUGGCAGCGCCGACAACGAUCGUCAGCGCGAGUCUGUUGGCGACAGUUGGCAGCAUUCAUAGCGCAAACAGUCUUACUGACAGGGGUGGUGAGCCACGAUCGCGGUGCAGCCAAUGCGGGCGCCGGCGCACAGCGUGCCACCACCUCCCGAAUCAGCAGGGCCUCCAGCAGCCCGCCUCCCCAUCUUCCUCCACAACUGCCAUUAUUGCCAACGGAACCCUCAGCGCCGCUCCGUCGCCCUUGCACCAGCGACCCCGCAGAAUCUCCAAGCUAAGACACCGUGCUUUAACCGCCACCACUGCCACUCACACAAAUGCCGCCGCCGCCUCCGUUACCUUCUCUGCGGAUGACAACCCCAGCAGCAGCGCCAGCAGAGGCAGCAGCAGCAGGAGCAACAGUAGCACCUCCAUCACCCCGGGAAGCAGCGACAGCAGCCUCGCCAUGGAACCCCCCGUGCUCUCGUUUUACGGCAAGGAGCCCGUGCCGCUGCCCUCGCGCUUUGCUCAAAUAAAGCGCAGUCUUGUCGAGGGCCACGAAAAAGAGCUCGAGGCGUCCUGGGCCCGUCUGAUCGAGGCGCUGAAGGGCGACAUGGACGAGAUUGCGUCCAAGGGCUCCAGGUUGACCCCGACCAUCAAUUUUAGCGAUAUGCACGACCCGGACGCCCGGGCCGCAUUCUCACGCGACCUCAAGCGCUACGGGCUGGGGCUGGUCCGCGGGGUCGUGCCCCGCGCCGAUGCACAGUUCGCCAUCGACGAGACGGUCAAGUACCUCGAGAAACAGACCGACUUCAAAGAGCCGCCGCCACAAGACCCGACAUGUUUCGACUUCUUCUGGACCCCGGCGCAGGUGCGCACGCGGGCGCAUCCCCGCGUUUUGGAAGCGCAGCGGUUCGCCAUGUCUCUGUGGGACAACAACGCCGACGACCGCAUGGCCAUCCGGUUUCCCAUUGCCUACGGGGAUCGUCUGCGCAUUCACGGCGCGAACAUUGGGGGCGUGGGACCUGACGCGCCCAAAAAGGGCAAGGAAGUGGACAAGUCGGACACGCCUGCCACUGACGAUGUCGACGACGACGGCUUCGCGGCGCACAAGGCGGCGGCGGAAUUGUUAGGUGACUUCACAUCGUCCACCGUCAUCGCGCAGGUGGACAAUGGUAGUCUCGAGCGGUGGGAACCAGACGGGUACGGCCGAGGCGGCACCUACGAUGCCGUCUUCCGGGGCGAGUGGGAGAAGUACGACCCGUGGGAUCCCACCUACCGCGUAAGCGCGACCCCGGAUCUCUACAACGGCUACGGCGCGUGCAGCAUCUUCCGCAUGUACCAGGGCGUCGUGGCCCUGAGCACCAUCGAGCCGGGCCUGAUCCGCCUCCUCCCCAGCCCCAAACUCGCCACCGCCUACUUCCUCCUCCGCCCCUUUUUCUCCCCAAAAACCAAGCCCCCGGAGCGCCGCGAUGGCCCCGAAUGGGAGGCCUUCCUAGACCCCUCGAACUGGGCCCUGGACAAGGAACAGUCCACCAUCAUCCACGGCGCCGUGCCCGGCCACGCGCAGCGCCUGACCGAGCUCUGGCACCCGCACCUCCACCUCCGCCGCACCCUCGUCACCAUCCCCACGCUGCAGACGGGCGACUACAUCGUCUGGCACUCGGACCUCGCUUACCACAUCACCUCCAACCCGAACCUCAUGGCCAGCCGCGCGCCCACGCCCCCGCCCGAGAGCGAGGGCGACGCCAACGCCCCUGCCGGCCGCCCGGUCUCGAUCCUCGUCUACGUCCCCGCCGCGCCGCUGACCCAGACCAACGCGCUGUACCUCGCCCGCCAACGGAAGACCUUCCAGCGCGGGCAUCCCGGGCCGGACUUCGACUCAACCGGCAGCGGCCUGGGCAGCGAGGCCACGCACAUCGGGCGUCCGACCGAGACGGAUAUCGCCGAGGUGGGCGGGCCGGCUGGGCUGCAGGCCAUGGGGCUCGCGCCGUUCGAUGUGGCGCCUACCCCGCCGACGGUGGGGGAUGAGGAUGUCAAGGAGGGGAGUAAACAUGCGGAUGGUAGGGGUAAGAAGGGGGAUGGGGAGGGGGAGGGGGAGGAGGAGGAGGAUGUGGAGAUGGGGAUGGGGAUGGAUAAUGGCGGUUCAAAUCCGUCGUCGUCGUCAACAUCAAUGACGAGGGCCGAGGCGGAGGUGGCAAGACUGGCGAACAUCAUUCUGUUUCCGGACAGGUACGACUUCUACAUGGCCAAGCGGAACGGGAACGGUACCAAGAGGAGUAAAGUCGUCAGGGUAGACAGGAAACCGGAGGGGAAGGCGGAUGUGAAAGAGGAGAAGAAGAGGUAA